UUUACCUUUUCCAAUUUUCCGUCUGUUGACCUGUUGUAAGUGAUUUUUGCUUUUGUCGUUGACUUUCUUCUGUAUAUAAUCGUGUGGAUGACUUGGCUAUAACGAAUAGAAGAAAGUCUAAAAACCAUGUUGAGUAGGAAUCCUUCGGUCAGGUCAUGUUUUCCGGCAGGAUUCUCCAACUCAAGCCUUGAUGACAAUGGACAAGCCUCGAGGAAUAGCAGCUAUGGUACAUCACCUGCAACUGCAACUCCGAGUUGGAGCCAGCCUAAUUCCAGCAGCAGGGCCUGCCGCACUGACGACAAUAAGCCUUUGACUUGUGCACAAAUGCCAACUUCUGGUGCAGACCUUGUUAUCAAUAAUCCCUCUAAACUCCCACUCCCGGAAUAUGCAAGUGCUCUACGGGUCUCAUACCAGACUCAUGCUACUUAUCACCACCCCAACAACAAGGAUGUUAAUGUUAGUUCUGCAACACCAGUUCAAGUAGUUGACAAAUUUUUACCAGACCCUUCUCUUGCAAUUCCGCGACCCUCUGUAUUACCAAAUGCGCUUCCGAGAGUCGGGAGUAAUAGGACUUCUACACGGCUUACCUUGUAUGCACCUUUACAUCAAGCCGCAAUGAAAGGUGAUUGGGGAAAAGCAAAAGAGUUCCUAAAUAUUCAUCCAGGUGCUGCAAAUGUCAGGAUAACCAACCGAUUGGAAACAGCUCUUCACAUUGCUGUAAGGGCCGGACACAUUGGAUUUGUGGAGGAGGUAGUCAAGUUGAUGAGCGUAUCAGACUUGGAACGAAGGGACAAAUCCAGUAACACCGCGCUUUUCGUUGCCGCUGCUUCGGGUAUUACUAGGAUUGCGGAGGUGAUGGUAAAAAAGAACAAACUUUUGCCAGGGUUAAGGGGGAACAAGGGGGUGACACCACUCUGCAUUGCUGCACAGAAAGGCCACCGAGACAUGGUUUGGUAUCUUUACAAUGUGACCGCUGCUGAGUAUCUUAAUCAGGAGGAUUAUAUUGGGUUGCUUAUAGCAACCAUCACUACUGAUUUAUUUGACGUAGCUCUCUGCUUAAUUCAGCACAAUCCAGAAUUGGCUAUUCUGCGUGAUUCAAAUGGGGAGACGGCACUCCAUGUUUUAGCUCGAAAGCCCACGGCAUUUUCCAGUAAAAAUGAGCUGGGAAUCUGGGAAAUGUUUAUCUACCCAUGGAUCUAUGUUGAACCAGUAACUAAAUGUAGUUACCCCUCGGGCAUGUCGAAGCCCUGCCACUGCGAUACAAAUCAAGCGUUCAUUGGUUUAGCGGGAAGACUUUGGCAUGCAAUUCAGAAAACAAUCCCAGGACAUAAAGCAGUUUGCAGGAAAAAGUUACUGCAUAUGCAAGCCAUUGUCCUUGUGAAGCUGUUAUGGGAUCAAAUUUUAUCAUUGGAAGACGCGCAAAUUACGGAUAUACUAAGAAUCCCUUCACAAGUGUUAUUUGUUGCAGCAGAAUUUGGAGUUGUUGACCUCAUAACUGAACUUUUUCAGUCUUAUCCGGAUCUGAUAUGGAGAGUCGACGAGCAUGGCCGAAGCAUUUUUCAUAUGGCGGUCAUUCAUCGCCAAGAAAAGAUCUUUAGACUUAUACAUGAUAUAGGGGCACAUAAGGAUAUGAUUGCUGCUUACAGAGACAAAAACAAUCAUUGCAUACUGCAUUUGGCUGGAAAGAUAGCAACUCCAAAUAGACUUAAUAUUGUAUCUGGUGCAGCUCUUCAAAUGCAAAGAGAACUGUUGUGGUUUAAGGCAAUAGAGAAGAAUGUACAACCAUUAUACAAGGAAAUGAGAGACAGUAAUGGCAGAACGCCUCGAAUGUUGUUCAUGGAAGAGCAUGCGAAAUUGAUGAAGGAAGGAGAGAAGUGGAUGAAGAGCACUGCUUCGUCGUGCAUGCUUGUUGCUACACUAAUCACAACAGUGAUGUUUGCAGCAAUAUUUACAGUACCAGGAGGCAAUGACAAUGAGAAAGGAACUCCCAUAUUUUUAGAAGCUACAUCUUUCGUGAUCUUCGCUGUAUCAGAUGCAUUGGCAUUGUUCUCUUCAGUCACCACUAUAUUAAUGUUCUUAUCGAUCCUCACUUCGCGUUACGCAGAAGAAGAUUUCUUGAGGUUACUCCCGCAAAGAUUGAUUGUUGGUCUUACUACCCUUUUUUUGUCCAUAGCAGCAAUGCUUGUCGCAUUCGGUGCAACCUUUUGCAUUGUGCUUAGCCAAAGACUGGCAUGGAUAGCUGUCCCAGUAGCCUUCAUUGCUUGUAUCCCAGUUACUUUAUUUGCCUUCUUACAGUUCCCACUCCUUCUUGAUAUAAUCCAAUCUUCCUAUGGUGUUGGCAUCUUUGUCUGAAUUUGUUCAUUUAUUUCUUAGUUUGUAAAUACAAGAGAAAUGGAAAGGAAAAUAGCUUUGUAACUUA